AUGACUCUUUUUCAAGCCCUUUACGGUCAACCACCACUAACGAUUCCACCAUAUCAUGAAGGAACCUAUUCGGUAAAUGAAGUGGAUCAAAACCUGGUUACCCGAGAUGCCUUACUAAAACAACUCAAGGAUAAUCUGCAUGCUGCCAAUAAUCAGAUGAAGCAAUGGAUUGAUUCGAAGUGCAGAGAUGUCAAGUUUCAAGUUGACGAUCUGGUCUUUCUCAAGCUCAAUCCUUAUCAUCAACAUUCAGUGUUUAAGCGGGCCUCUCAGAAGCUUGCAAGUCGAUUUUACGACCCAUAUCUAGUGGAAGAACGAAUAGGCACUGUAGCUUACAAGCUCCAGCUUCCUCCAUGCUCUCGUAUACAUCCAGUUUUUCAUGUGUCCAUGCUCAAGAAACACGUGGGUGAUACUAAGGUUAUUAGUUCUGAAAUGCCGCCUAUUUCACCUGAUGAUGUUACCUGGGGAAAUUCGCAGGAACUACAGACUCGCUUUUUGAACCUUGAGGAUAAGGUUCCAUUGAAAGGGGAGGGCAAUGAUAAACUCAGAAGGUCUGUGCAAGUGCCACACAAAAAUCCAAAAUAUUCAGCCAUGGAUUACACGACGUGA